AUGGUAGAUGGACAGAAAGACCUAAAGAUGGAAAGGCAGCUUCUGAUCGCCUUUCUGCUGAACUCUCUCCUGGACUGGGUCCGGGCAGCAGGGUGGGGUUGCCAGGUGAAGGUGAUGCUGUCGGCCUUCGGAUCACAGGUAUCCUGCCGCCGCCGCUGCGAGUCCAUCGUGGACACGGUCACCCCCUGUGUGCUUCAGAAGCAGGUCGUCAUCGGGCUGCCACCCUCAGCACCCAGGAAUGUCCAUGAUAUCUCCACAGGGGAGAGGAAGAAGAACCAGCUGGAAAAGGAUGCCAAUACCACCACCGGGCAGACGGCAAAGCAGAGGAACCGCUCAUCUCCAGCUGAAUGUUCCAGGCCCCGAAAACACAAGUUUCCUCUGCUGCCACACAGGCGAGGGGAGCCUCUGAAGCUGCUGCCACCCGCUGAGCUGGGGUUUCAAGUGACUGCUGAGGACCUGGACCGGGAAAAGAGAGCUGCUCUCCAGCGCAUCCAAGAUGCUCUUCGAGGGGACACAGAGGCCACCUGCAGCUGUGGCCCAAGUUUGCCAUCCAGUGCCUUGGCCCUGUCUGCUGCAGUGGCUGCUCCCCUGCCAGCCUCUGACAACCAGGUCACCUCCAUGGGCAGCUCCCCUUCUUCCCAGCCUCUCCUCUUGGGGUCUCACCCUGGCUGCAGUGGGAGCAACUUUGCAUCUACCCAGGCCCUCUCGAUGCUGUCCAGGGGCAGCAUGGCCUUAGUCACAGUCCCCCCAGGGCUGCCUGUGCAGCCUGGGGGUAGUGGCAACCCGGGAUCUACUGCCCAGGCCCCACUCGGGGCUGUUGGUGGACAGUGGCCCGGAGCCAGCACGCUUCACGGCUCUGCCCCGCAUGGACAGCCGGCAGCUCAGGCUCCAGACCCACUCCAGGCCCUGAGCACAUCUCUAGCCCAGCUGUCCUUGGGCAGCGGCACCCAGGCCAGCACCCUUCACAGCUCUCCCCAGCAUGGACAGCCCUCAGCUCAGGCUCCAGACCCACUCCAGGCCCUGAGCACAGCUCUAGCCCAGCUGUCCUUGGGCAGCGGCACCCAGGCCAGCACCCUUCACAGCUCUCCCCAGCAUGGACAGCCGGCAGCUCAGGCUCCAGACCCACUCCGGGCCCUGAGCACAGCUCUAGCCCAGCUGUCCUUGGGCAGCGGCACCCAGGCCAGCACCCUUCACAGCUCUCCCCAGCAUGGACAGGCAGCAUCUCAGGCUCCAGACCCACUCCAGGGCCUGAGCACAUCUCUAGCUCAGCUGUCCUUGGGCAGCGGCACCCAGGCCAGCACCCUUCACAGCUCUCCCCAGCAUGGACAGGCAGCAUCUCAGGCUCCAGACCCACUCCAGGGCCUGAGCACAUCUCUAGCUCAGCUGUCCUUGGGCAGCGGCACCCAGGCCAGCACCCUUCACAGCUCUCCCCAGCAUGGACAGCCGGCAUCUCAGGCUGCAGACCCACUCCAGGGCCUGAGCACAUCUCUAGCCCAGCUGUCCUUGGGCAGCGGCACCCAGGCCAGCACCCUUCACAGCUCUCCCUGGCAUGGACAGCCGGCAGCUCAGGCUCCAGACCCACUCCAGGCCCUGAGCACAGCUCUAGCCCAGCUGUCCUUGGGCAGCGGCACCCAGGCCAGCACCCUUCACAGCUCUCCCCAGCAUGGACAGCCGGCAGCUCAGGUUCCAGACCCACUCCGGGUCCUGAGCACAGCUCUAGCCCAGCUGUCCUUGGGCAGCGGCACCCAGGCCAGCACCCUUCACAGCUCUCCCCGGCAUGGACAGCUGGCAGCUCAGGCUCCGGACCCACUCCAGGCCCUGAGCACAGCUCUAGCCCAGCUGUCCUUGGGUAGCGGCACCCAGGCUGGUUAUGUGGUUCCCUUACCCACAUCUGCCUCCCGGGGCACUGGUGCCAGUGCCCAGCCAGGUUCGGCUACCUCCUCUGCUGUACUCGCCCCUGGAGCGGCCGCUGCCCCUGGCUUGACAGCUGCCCCCCAGGUGCCCGGCGCCGUGUCCCAUGCUGGGCCCAACAGCCAGCAGCCCCGCCCCCCAGGUGGCAGCACAAUGCCGGCCCCCAUCAGCAUGGGGCUUUCGGCAGCACCCCCAGGUUUGGGGAGAGGAGAUGAUGUUGCAGAUCUGUGCUCCAGCUUUGGGGCUCUCAGCAUCUCGGCAGGAACGAGCAGGGCCCCAAGUGGCCUGCAGGGCUCCAGUGCAAGCCUGGGCCCGAGCACAGGGGGCCGCCCAUGCCAGAGCACCCUGUCAGGGACCGCUGGAGCCAGCACGACGAACCACCCUGUGUCGGGAGCCCCGAGUGCCCCUCCCUCCAGUCACAUCCCCAGGCACCUGACCAAGCGGAGGUCCAGCUCAGAUGGCUGCAGCACUGCCAGCAAGGCCGCCUGCGGGGGUGGGGGCAUCCUGGCCUCUCCUCCUAGAGGCCCUGCCUACCUGGUCAGCAAGGCCCUGAGCAGCCUUGCCACCAACACCCCCUCAUCCCCUGCCCUGCACUUGAUUAGGCGCAAAAGAGCUGCACCGUGUAACAAGCCAUCUUCCUCCACAUCACAGCACCCUUCCUUGGGGCCCAAGAGGCAGAGGCUCGGCUGA